CACCGAGAUCGGGGCCAAGAGCUGGCUGGGAGGCAAGGGCUGGUCACUCUCACUGUCGCGUCCUUUUCAUUUCACCAUCUUACCAUCCGCGCUCGUGUCCCUGUUACCACCACCCACGUCUCCCGCUCCCUUUGUCCCAUCCCCCUCGUUGGUCCCCUUAGAGAGCGUGCGGCUCGCCGCUACUCGUUUGCUUAGUCUCCCUCACCUUACCACACUGCGAUAGCUCUCGCUCCAACACACUCAUUAAUUGCUCCAUCUCCGCCCCCAGCUUCCCACACGCGGCUCGCGCUCGCCGUCAUCCAAUCAUGCGCUCAUCAACAUCAUCACCAUGGCGGCGGAUAGCAGCGACCGUCGCCUUCUUGGCGGCAUCAUCACCACACUGCUUUCUGUCAGCCGUCGCAGCUCUCAGCGUAUCACGACCACUCGCCGACCAAUACCCGCAGAUAGCCCACGCAGGUCAGGCCUACUCGUGGACCUUCUCCCCUACCACCUUCACCGGCGAAGACAACAUCGAAUACUCAGCCAAGGGGCUCCCAUCAUGGGCCAAGUUCGACGAGGCAUCUCGCACCUUCACCGGCACACCACCACAGGGCAACCAGGACAAAAGCACCGUCACCAUCACCGCAGCCUCGUCUGGCUCUCCUUCGUCAUCCUCGUCCUUCGACCUCAUCGUCGUCAACGAACAGAGCCCUAUUUUGCGUACCUCGCUGGCCGAUCAGCUCCCCAUGGCAUCCUCCUUGGGUCGCUCACAGAUCCUGCCAGGCAACAAGCUUCACAUUCCGUGGGGCUGGUCCUUCUCAGUUGGAUGGCAGGGCGAUACCUUCUACCUGCCCAGCGGCGACGCUGUGUACACGCAUGCGACGAUCAAUCACGACCAGCCGCUGCCCAGCUGGCUCAAGUACAGCCCGCAGACGUACGCCAUGUGGGGUAUUGCGCCUAAUGUGCCUGGUGCAGAGGGCACCGAGUUCGUCUUUGUGCUCACGGGGUCGAACCUACAGGGCAAAUUUGGUGGGACGAGCACCAACAUCAGCAUCGUCUUGGGCACGGGCAACCUCGCAGAGGCGACGUCUUCAUCUGCGGCUGGAUCAGCGACAGCUCUGCCCGCACUCAAUGCUACGGCGGGCCAAGAAGUCAGCUACACCAUCCCGCUCUCUGCAUUCCUCGUCGAUGGCCAUCCUGCCAGCGCCAACUCGAUCAAUGUCACGGCAGACACGUCGUCCCUCCCUUGGCUCAGCUACGACGCUCCCACACGUACGCUGAAGGGAACUCCGCCCACCAACAGCGACGCAACAGCCUCCAACACUUCUCUGCCGCUCACUGUCACCAACUCGUUGGGCAAGUCCCUCAACGCCAAGCUGCCAGUCAACCUCUUCCCGCCAACCUUCUCCGCUGCCACACUUCCCAACGUUAUGGUCAUGCCGGGGCAAGACUUCAGCGUCUCCCUCGCCGAGUACGUGCGGGACAGCGCGCAGCAUACCAUCAGCCUGGCUCUGGACCCCGAGUCGGCGAGCCAGUGGGUCCACUUCGAUGCUUCGAGCCUUGUCCUGUCUGGUACGGCGCCGCAGAUGGGCUCGGAUGAGAAGGUCAAGGUGACGCUACAGAGCGCAGCUUCUUCAGCAGCAGCCGCAGCGUCAUCCUCCUCCUCCAACAAUCCGCAGCGUCGCGCCGACGCGAGCGACAGUCCCUCAAACUCGGCAUCCUUCUACAUCGCGCCUCAGGGCUCCAAUCCUGGCCGCGCACCUGCCCCAAGCGAUGGCAAUGACGACGGCUCCUCAUCUGGCAACGGUCUCUCGCAACGCACCAAGAUCGGUCUCGCGGCAGGCUUGGGCUCAGUAGGCGCUAUCAUCAUCCUGAUCCUUCUCCUCAUCUUUGCACGACGAUGCUGCGCAGUCGAAGAGCACGACAGACACGGCAAUGUCAUCGUGCCGGGCAAGUCUCCUGCCUUCUCCGAGCGCACGCUCACCAACAAUGAUGCGUCGCCCAUGUGGGGGCAGGAGGCGGACAAGAAGGAGAAGCACCUCGAGAAGACGACGCCCCAAAUGGUGCAGGCCAACUCGCCUUACGAGGAGCAGGGGAAGGAUCUGAAGGGCAUCUUGAUUGGUGGUAGGCACUACGGUGGUAGCCCUGCGAUGGACAACGCAGCAUCGGGAGAGGACGCUGCACCUCGCCAGCAUGGCUUCAUGUCUGCACUCGUGGCCGGUGCUCCUCAUCGCGGUCGCUCCGACUCCCAAGGGCUCGGCCUCACGGGACUCGACCUCGAUGGCGACACGCCCGAUUCGGACGACCCGUACCGCGGCACAGGCACAGCGCCAUCACGCAGCCACUUGAGCAUGCGCAGCAAAGAGAGCUGGGAGGAGGAUCUCUUCUACUCUUCGACGGAAGCCGCAGCUCGUGGAGUGCCCAUCAGCGGCCACCAGCAGCACCAGCACGGCAAUGCCCUCGCUCCCGUCAUUGAGGUGGACGAGGUGCCGACUCGCCGCGGUGGUAGCGACAGCAGCAUGAGUGGGCGUGGUCGUCAUUUGCGCGUCUCGAGUCGCUCCAAUCCGAUGCGCCACCGCAGCGGGCACAGCAAGAAUUCGCCCUCCUUCGUUGCGUCAGACACCUUCGACACUCCUGCUGCCGAUGAGAUGCCCACCAAUGAGUCCGACCCCUACGUCAUUGGAACGGCGCAGCGUGUAGACGUACGCACGCUCGCCAGGCAAGGGUCAGUGCAGAGUCGUCGCCCCGAUGUCACUCGUGGCCACCACCACUCAAGGAGCAUGCACCUCGAAGAUCCGAGCGGUGCCUUUGAGGAUGCGGAGGACGAGGUCGGCCAGAUGGUCGGCCAGAACCGUGAGAACAACGCCGUUUCCCCUACCGAGCCUCUCCCUCCUAGCCAUCUGGAAGCCCUCGCACACAUCCAAUACCCGCAGGCAGUGCAAGCUCACUCCCCUCGUCCUCCCUCCUUCUUCGGUGGCUCGAGCAUCGCGUCCAACAUUCGACCAGAGGACACCAUGCGUGCCGUAGCCACUCCUCCGCGCCAGCAGCACCAAGCCCCACGCACGCCCGCCGGCGCCCUUGGCUCUCCACAACGUCCCACCUCCCGCUCCGGGUUCGUCGAACACCUCGAGGCUAACGUCUCCAUGGGCGAGCGUAUCCGUAUCAAGCUCACUCCACCAGGCGGAGCAGCAAUGAUGGGUGGCGCUCCCGGCUCUCCGGGCAAGCGCUCCAACCGUCGCGGCAAGUACGUCCCGGUCCUGGACGAUGCGAGCAUGCAAGCGCACGGUACGUGGCCCAUCUGGCUGAGCGAGUGGCUCCACUGGGAUGCGGGCAUGUUCGAGCUUAGCGGUGAGGUUCCCGUGGACUUUGAGUUGCCCGAGCUCCACUUGGCGCUCGUACAUCGACGCCAGGGGACCGAUGUCGCGACGGGGGCGAUGGGCACCCCGGGUAGCAGUAACGGAAGCUCAGGCAGCAGCUCUCAGCAGCAUGCGCCGAGCGCCGCAACUGGCCACCGUCGUCAGGGUAGUCAGGACUCAGCAAUUACCGCCGUGGAAGACGAGGUGGUGAUUCGAUUGACGUUGUUCAUCGACUGGCCCGUGGAUCCGACGGGAUCGGGGAAUCACAUCGCGCUGAGGAGAGGCGAGGCGGCUGGGACUGCAUUCUGAGCGAACGCUCAGCCGUAGAGGGAUGGUAGGCUUAGUCUGGCUGCGCAUCGCGCCGACGGCCUGCGUGCCUUUCCCUUGCCUUC